GGGGCGGGGCCGCCAGGAGGGAGAUCCGCCGCGGAGUUACGGGAAAGUUGGUCCGAGUUCCCGGAGUCUCCCCGCGUUUGUCCGGCCCGCGUGGUCCCUCCCUCCGGCCUUCUCCGUGCACCCGGCCUCCCUCUCCCGUCACCGGCCGCCAUGGAGCAGCCGCCGGCGCCUAAGAGUAAACUAAAAAAGCUGAGUGAAGACAGUUUGACUAAGCAGCCUGAAGAAGUUUUUGAUGUAUUGGAGAAGCUUGGAGAAGGGUCGUAUGGAAGUGUUUUUAAAGCAAUACAUAAAGAAUCUGGUCAAGUUGUUGCAAUUAAGCAAGUACCUGUUGAGUCAGAUCUUCAGGAAAUAAUCAAAGAAAUUUCCAUAAUGCAGCAAUGUGACAGCCCAUAUGUUGUGAAGUAUUAUGGCAGUUACUUUAAGAACACAGACCUCUGGAUUGUUAUGGAGUACUGUGGAGCUGGCUCUGUCUCAGAUAUAAUUAGAUUACGAAACAAGACAUUAACAGAAGAUGAAAUUGCAACAAUACUAAAAUCCACAUUGAAAGGAUUAGAAUAUUUGCACUUUAUGAGAAAAAUACACAGAGAUAUUAAAGCUGGAAAUAUCCUCCUCAAUACGGAAGGACAUGCAAAGCUGGCAGAUUUUGGAGUAGCUGGCCAGUUAACAGAUACAAUGGCAAAGCGCAAUACUGUAAUAGGAACUCCAUUUUGGAUGGCUCCUGAAGUAAUUCAAGAAAUAGGCUAUAACUGUGUGGCUGACAUCUGGUCCCUUGGCAUUACUUCUAUAGAAAUGGCAGAAGGAAAGCCUCCUUAUGCUGAUAUACAUCCAAUGAGGGCUAUUUUUAUGAUUCCCACAAACCCACCACCAACAUUCAGGAAGCCUGAACUUUGGUCUGAUGAUUUCACCGAUUUUGUUAAAAAGUGCUUAGUGAAGAAUCCUGAGCAGAGAGCUACUGCAACACAACUUCUACAGCAUCCUUUUAUCAAGAAUGCAAAACCUGUAUCAAUCUUAAGAGACCUCAUCACAGAAGCCAUGGAGAUCAAAGCCAAAAGACAUGAAGAACAACAGCGAGAACUGGAAGAGGAAGAAGAAAAUUCGGAUGAAGAUGAACUGGAUUCGCACACUAUGGUGAAGACUAGCUCAGAAAGUGUGGGUACGAUGCGGGCCACAAGCACAAUGAGUGAAGGAGCUCAAACCAUGAUUGAACAUAAUAGCACAAUGUUAGAAUCGGACCUGGGGACCAUGGUUAUAAACAGUGAGGAUGAGGAAGAAGAAGAUGGAACUAUGAAAAGAAAUGCAACUUCACCCCAAGUACAAAGACCAUCUUUCAUGGACUACUUUGAUAAGCAGGACUUCAAGAAUAAGAGUCAUGAAAACUGUAAUCAGAACAUGCAUGAGCCCUUCCCUAUGUCCAAAAAUAUUUUUCCUGAUAACUGGAAAGUUCCUCAAGAUGGAGACUUUGACUUUUUAAAAAAUCUAAGUUUAGAAGAACUACAGAUGCGGUUAAAAGCACUGGACCCCAUGAUGGAACGAGAAAUAGAAGAACUUCGUCAAAGAUACACUGCGAAAAGACAGCCCAUUCUGGAUGCGAUGGAUGCUAAGAAAAGAAGGCAGCAAAACUUUUGAGUCUAAUAUCUUCCCUGUUUAAUAGUUACUCUGGAGACCAAGAAACCACUAAGAAUUGAUGGAGUAUUAUGAUUUGUUAAUCCCUGAGAUGUGUGCUCUACAACUUUGCCAAGGUCAAAAACUAAUGAUGGUGCAUACCUAGAUGAAUUCCCAAAAGGCAGGAUUUACAGUUGCAUCCACUCUGUUUUCAUUUCAAAGUGAUGAGAACAAUAGAAAUGUGUUGUUUUUCUGUCAGCUGUUAUGCCAGCAACAAACUGGUCUAAAAUGAAGGCUGUGUUUUGAGACUUUGAAAAUCCAAAGCUAUUGUUUAAUUGUACAGCACUGAAGACCUUACAGUAGACAAUUCCUGUCUAGAAACCUAUUUAUUGUAGCCCCUGAGGUAGAUUUAUUUAUUUAUGCCGUUUCACUUUUUGUUUUUUAAAGACAAGAUCAAGAUAGUUUGGGGAAGGCAGGAACAUAUCACUACGAGAUAGUGCACAACCAAAUGAUACUUUAAGCUGGGGGCUUUGGGGACACAUUCCUUGAUUUCCAAGACAGUUUUCCAGUAGAAACAAAGCAAUAAUAGCAGUAGUGCCCAAAUGGACUAGACAAUUUUUAUAAUAAAGCAAUAAUUCCAUGUUUACCUUCCUAAGUAUUAAUUUCUUGAUUUUGAUACGUGGUAUAAAUAAAACCAUAUCUUUAGGUUAAAUAGUAUAAAGUUUAAAACCAAAGAAAUCAGUGGAACCCUUGAACAACAAAAACAAAGUAUAACAGAUAUUUUAAAUGAAAUGAAACCUUAAGACAAAUGUAAGUUGUUAAUAUUUUUCAUACAAAGCUCUGAUAGCUAAACUGAAUUAAACUAUAAUAAUCUCAUUAAAUUUACUCUGUGAAAUGUGCUCUGUUAUCACAGGACUUUUUUAUUGAUUUCAUUUCUUUCCUGGGAAUUGGUAAACAUCAUGUGCCUGAUGGAGAGAAAACAUUUGUACUGAACUGUGCAAGCCUUGGGGACAGAAAAAAAAAAUAUUUUAAAACCAUUAAAAAGAAGUUCAUUUCUAAGCUGAAUGAACAUUUGUAUAAUUGAACUGGGACCAGUCAUUUCCUAAGCUACAUAUGGCCAUCUUGAGUGUGUUUGUUCUUUUUUGUGUUAAUUACUCUGUGUAAGUCAUGAAGACAAAUAAAUUUUGUUGUACCACCCUGCA